UCACGUGAGCGGCGCAGUGUCGACCGUCAUGGCGGGCGAACAGCAGCGGGACCAAGACAAACUGAUAAAUGAGAUACGAGAGCGGUUUUUGAGCGAGCAUUUACCAGACAAGGCAGAUAAAUAUGAUUCACGAGAUGUUGAAAGACUGAAGCAAGAAGACAGCUGGGUUGAGGGCUACUUACAGUGGAGACAUUACAAUGUAGAUGAAGCUUUGAAAAUGAUUGAUGAAAGUUUUCAAUGGAGAAAAGAAUUUCUUGUCCACAAUCUAAGUGAAUCUAACUUUCCUGGAUGGGUUUUUGAAACUGGAGCUGUUUACCUCCAUGGAUAUGAUAAAGAAGGCAACAAAAUGUUUUGGUUUAGAGUGAAGCUACACACGAAGGAGGCAAAAACAGUUUUGGACAAGAAGAAGUGUGUAGCUUUCUGGUUAGAACGUUAUGCCAAAAGAGAACCAGGAAAGCCACUGACAGCUGUGUUUGACCUGACUGAGACAGGACUAAGCAAUAUAGAUAUGGACUUUGUACGUUUCAUCAUCAGUUGUUUUAAGGUCUAUUAUCCUAAGUACCUUUCAAAAAUGAUCAUCUAUGAAAUGCCAUGGAUAAUGACUGCUGCGUGGAAAAUUGUGAAAUCAUGGUUGGGACCAGAAGCAGUGAGCCUGUUGAGAUUUGCCAACAAAAAUGAUGUGCAAGAGUACAUCAGCAUCGAGUACCUGCCGCCUCACAUGGGAGGAAUUGAUCCUUUUAAAUAUAGCUACCCGCCAUUGCCGGAUGAUGACUUUCAAACGCCUAUAUCUGAAAAUGGCCCUAUUGCAAGUGAAGAUGAAAUAGAUGAAAAAGAAAGUGGAGAUGGGAACAGCAAAGAAACCUCAGACACCAACCAUAAUGACGAACGCUUGCAGAAGCCCAAAAAGGUGACUUUUACUGAAGAAGUUGUCAAGCAAGAUGAUGAGCGGGUCGAAAGCAAAAUAAAAUCUGCAAAGAAGACACUACCCUUAUUUAAAGGAUCAUUGUUGCAUAUAAGUCCUGCUGAAGAUCUUCAAUUUGGCUCUAAAGAUAGUGGGGAUCGAAAAUGUUCAAUUGUCCUGACCAAUGUUACUAAGAAUCCUGUUGCUUUUAAGGUCAGGACAACUGCUCCAGAAAAGUACAGAGUGAAACCCAGUAACAGUAGCUUUGAGCCAGGCACUACAAUAGAUAUCCUAGUGUCACUCCAUGGAGGUUUUGAAGCCUCCCCUCAAGACAGAUUUCUUGUGAUGGCAGCUGAAAUAGACCAGUUAGCUGGAGCUGGCCCUCCAGAUCUGUCCCAGUACUGGAAAGAAGUUCCUAGAGACCAAAUUAUGGAGCACAGACUGAGAUGCCACAUCAUAGAAAGUUAUAAAGCAAGUAACGUUACCACCAAAGAAGGCAUUUUAAAAGGAUAUGCUGGUGGUUGCAAUCAAGAGGAUUUACAUUCAAAGAUGACGAGAUUGAUGAUAUUGAAUAAAAGACUUGAGGAGCAGAUCACCCGUUGUGUCUGGUUCCAACAGUUGUUAACUGGCUUAGUUGCACUGUUAGUGGCCAUUACCAGCGUGUCCUUGUAUCUACACUCCCUGGACAAGGACACACAGUAACUUGCCAGGCUUCUAGAUCCAUUCAGAUGAAUUCUAGUAAACCAAAGUCAACUACAGUAUUUUUCGAAGUAGCUGUGCCGUAUAUCUAACACGGGGGAGGCCAAUACUUUUGAGUUCAAUAUCUUUUCAAUAUUUUUAGGUCACGAUUUGAUAACUGGGUUUUUAACCAUAUAAACUUUUUUUUUGUUUAAAACAACUUGCUUAAUAAUGUGACAAUAAUUCUCAGGAUGCCAUUUCCUUGUCAAUAAUGAAUUGAAAAUUUAUAUGGAAAAAUGACCUAGCACUCACUUAGUAGAAAUGUCAAAGUGAAUACUCCACUGUUCUCCUCAGAAUUAUUUGAAUAGGUGCUGCAGCUGCUAUAUUGUAUUGGGGCUCAGGGCAUACUCUGCAAUAAAAGCUUGAAAUCUUUCAAGUUUAAAAAUUAAAGCCAAAUAUCCUUUGACAGCUUUUCCAACCUUUAUUAACAAUGGAGUUUUAUGAAAAGGUUUAAACCAACGAGUCAUUGGAUUCUGGGGUAAACAUGGGCAUUCAUUCUCUUUCCAAGUGCAGGGAUGACUGUUAUCAAUAGAACUUCAUUAUGUAGUUUAGUAAAACGUUGACCAUGGAAUACUGAUUAACAAGAUGUUUGAGACUGCCUGCCCUCCUGAACAAUGGAGUGAAUGUGAAUACAAAUGCUUUAUGAAAUUAUGAAGUUCCUUGAUUUAUUCAGAAUGUUUCAACUACAUGAAGUUGAUAUUUCUUAGAAAAAUCUUCAAUACUUUUUAAAAAGUUUUUUUUGAUAACAAGCUGAAGUAUGAUGCUAUGUGACUUAAAAACUAUUGCUUUUUUGAACUAUUCAUUCCCACUUUCCUUUUAAAUUUUCUUGAAACAAAUUUGUAUAACAUUGCCUACUGAAUGAAGUGAAAUCCGAACCAAUGUUGAAAGCAACUCACUAGCACAAGUAGUAGGACAUUUGUUUUUCUGCCAACAAUUAAUUGAGGUGUGCAAGAUUGCCUAACACAUGAAGAAACCUUAUUCAGAUAUUCUAAAAUUAAGAAAUUAGGUAUCAAACUAGAAAUUGAAAAUUCUUAUGUAGAAUCGCCUGCUGUCCAGCCAGCAUUUUCUAUGGGCAACUCCACCUUAACAGUUCAAUGAAUAGAGUUGCAUCUUUAUGUAGUGGAUAGAGAUUCCGAUUACCAACUGGGAUCUCACUAGUUCAAACUUUGGUUAUGCUGAGUUUGUUAGUCUCCUCUGGGGCUGUGUGGUAAGACUGAAUUGCCCUUAGCCUUUCCCAGGUUAAGGAAGUAAAAAUCAGCUGGGUUUAGUGGUCCGAAUCUCGCUUCAGUAUCUCCUAUACCCUCUGCUGUGCAUGGCUGGUAGCUUUGAGAAGCGCUCUGAGAUGCCGUCCAGCGUGGAGGGCGCUAUAGAAAUCCAAGUUGUUGUUGUUGUUGGUCAGGAUGUGAUACCCUCUAUGGUUGAGUGCUUUGCUGACACUUAAUGCCAAGCUCACACAUGAACAAUGGCCACUUGGGUAGAGGAGAGCAAUCAGUGCCUAUUGAACCAAACUUUAUCAUUAAAAGGUGGGGACCGCAAACAGGCUUAUACCAAUGGGGAGAAAAUUAAUUGGACACAAUGUUUUUUAAAAUCCUUUUUUAAUGGAACAAAACUUUAGAAGUAUCUUAAUGUAGAUGUUUGAGUUUAAUGUAGUGCAAGUGCUUUCAUGAGUUACUUCUAUAAUAAGCUUAUUACAGUUAUUCAUAUAUACUGUAUAUUUAAUAAUCAACUAUUGAAAUGCAGUAGCCAAAGCAAAUCAAAUUGUAAUAUUGCCAAUAAGUUUGAGGAGUCAAAUUUGACAAACAGACUGGGAAAUUCUAUAUUCAUUUUUCUAGUUUUGAAGAGUAAUGAAUUGGAGAUAUGAAGGUAGCAGAGCUUCAUUUAAUGGAUGUUACACUUAGAUGAACAAACAUUAUUGGAUAUUUUGUGAUAGGAAUUCAGCAGUACUAAUCCUUCUAUAUUUGACUUCAAGGUAUUGCCAUAACUGAACAACAAUUAAAUUAUACAGAAUUGUACAUGGAUGGUAGCUGGUGAGGACGUGAUGCCCUCCACAGUUGAGUGGCCUGCCAAUAAUUAAUGCCAAGACUUACACACGAACAAUAGCCACUUGGGCAGGUAGUGGGAUAAAGGAAGGUAGACUGCCAUAAUUAAUGGCUUUCUGAUUUUACAAUCACCAGAUUAGUAGUAUCAAAUGUGUCAUGUUUCAGAAGAAUUCUCCUUCAAUUGUUGAGAAAAUUGUACUAUAAAUAAAAUGUUAAGAUAUAGCUUUUAUAAGAUGGAAUCAGCAAUCAAAACUAAUUGUGAUUGUAUUGUUCAACAAUACAGAAGCUGGCUAAUUAGAUUUAAAAUGCACUUUAUGAAAUAAAUUGCUAAACAUUGAUUUGGUUCUAACGUUCACUGAACUUUCACAGUUUUGCUGGUGUUUUAUAUUGUAUGGAAGUAUUUCAUUUCUAAUGAUAUUUCAAGAAGUUUUUUUUCUUGAAUACCUUUUACAAAAAUGUCAGCAUUUGUAAAUAAAACUUAAAUCUACUUGCA